CAGGUAAACAGAUUUCAUUUCAAUUUUCAUAAGCAGGACGUAUUUAGAUUUCCUCGGAAUUUUUUCCUGUUCUCCUGUUGAUAACACGUUAAAGCUUUUGUAAAUACUCAUGUUUUUGCUACAUAAAAAAGAAUAAAAUAUUGCAAAAUGACUGCGGAGAUGUCUAGCUUUAAAAGAUUUCUGCAUUGGGGACCCAUAACAGCACUGACCAUUAUAAAAUGCAUUACGCUGACAACUUUAUAUAUGAACUCAAUGUGGUGGCCACCUAAUUUUUCCUUAGGUGGCUUCCUAAAUCAGGCGGUUUUUUUAAUGCUCUCUUCGUUGGCCACCUUUAACUUUGUUAUGGCCACAUUGACGGGGCCUGGUUUAUUACCGCUGAAAUGGAAACCAAAAGAUUCGAAUGUUACGGAUCAAUUACAAUAUUGUAAAGUUUGUGAGGGCUAUAAGGCUCCCCGAUCUCAUCAUUGUAGAAAAUGCAAUCGUUGUAUAAAGAAAAUGGAUCAUCAUUGCCCUUGGAUUAACCACUGUGUUGGUUGGGCCAAUCACGCUUAUUUCACCUAUUUCUUGUUGUUUUCCAUCAUAGGCAGUUUACAUGGCGCUGUUAUUUUGAGUUGUUCAUUCUACAGGGGCAUACAUCGCUAUUGGUAUCUGUCGCGUGGCCUGGUACAUUUGGCCACAGUUCAAUUUACCAUGUACAGUAUAAUUAUGUGUAUAUUUGCUAUGGGUUUGGCAAUAGGUGUUGUCAUAGCCUUGGGAAUGCUUUUAUAUUUUCAGAUGAAAUCGAUAUGGAAAAAUCAAACUGGCAUCGAAAUGUGGAUCAUCGAAAAGGCUAUGUAUAGACGUAUGCAUUAUCCGGAUCUGGAUGAAUUCGUAUAUCCUUACGAUCUAGGUUAUAAAGAAAAUAUAAAACAAGUCUUCAAAAAUGAAAAUGUGGCCAAAGGCAUUGGAAUUGAAUGGCCCGUUAUCGAGGGAUGCGAUCAGUAUACAUUGACACGCGAACAGAUCGCCCAAAAAUGUGAAAAACGUGCACGAACGCGUACCUAUAAAUGUAUACGCAAGGCAACAGGCAGUUAUCUACCUCUGUUCUCCCAGGGAUUCCGAGUAUGCUUAUCUCCACCCUGUACCGAUGAACCACGUUUACGUUUGGAGGUUGAUGAUGUUAUAAAGGUAACACGCUUCCGUAAACACUGGCUGUUCGGUGAGCGGGUUGCCAGCGAAGCCGAACAAAAGGAGGCUAAAUUAAAGAAAAAAGCUUUACGAGGUUGGUUUCCCCGGCGUUGUGCUAUUGAAUUAAUACAACCAAAUCAACCUGUAACAUCCGAUGAAGAGGACAACAAUGAAAUUCCCACAGAUGAUAUACCACAAAAACGUGUGAAUAAAGUGAAAACAAGUGAUUUGGAGGAGAUCGUCCAAUCGAAUGGUGGCAAUCAUCGAAAACCUCAUCAGAAUGGCAAUCACCACCACCAGCAUAAGAAAAUAAAGUGACAUAAAUAUUUUAGGGCAUUACAUAGGGUUGAACUUAAUCAAACCCCCUAAAGCCACAUGGAAGACUACAAUGAUGACAAAAGGGAUUACGUUUGUCUUUUAUUUAUAUAUAUAAAUAAUUGUGUAUGUGAAUAUAUUUAUUAAGAUUUUUAUGUAAUAAAUUCUCUAAUAGAGAUAA